AGUGCUUGUGCAUCCCGUAUCAGGCACCAGCGCCAGCCACUCGGAAUCAAACAGACACAGACGGUGGGUGGCUGCGAGAGACAAGGAAACGUCGAAAGAAACAUAGUGUAAUUAUUGAAGUGAAGCACGGUCUCGGACUUGAAAGCAUUCAAAAUCCACACCGCGAAGAAGUUUGGCGGUUUUCGCGAAGAUCUAGUCGUCUCGUAGAGUCGUUAGAAAAUAGUCCGUCCGUGUCGCGUUUCUGUUGGCUGACAAACGUUGGUUGACUUUGUACGUCGAUAGAAUUAUAGCGAACCGUCCGCCGGCUGAGAAUGGUUCAAAGGUUCCGCACCAGCGUGGCUGCGCUUAGCCUCGCCCUGAGCGCCUGCCUUGUUUUUCCGCGUGCCGUUAUGGCAAUCGACUUGAGUCGAUUUCACGAUCAUUACAACUCGAAGCGCAGUGGAGAUGCUUGCCACCCGUACGAACCGUUCAAGUGUCCCGGAGAUGGUACAUGUAUCUCCAUUCAGUAUCUUUGCGACGGAGCUCCGGAUUGUCAAAACGGAUACGACGAGGACUCUCGACUUUGCACCGCUGCAAAGAGACCACCGGUAGAGGAAACUGCCAGUUUCCUUCAGUCACUUUUGGCAAGUCAUGGACCUAAUUAUUUGGAGAAAUUAUUUGGUACGAAAGCGCGGGACACUUUGAAACCACUGGGCGGAGUAAACGCGGUAGCCAUAGCGCUAUCCGAAUCUCAAACGAUCGAAGACUUUGGCGCAGCGUUGCAUCUGAUGCGAGCCGACUUGGAGUACCUGCGUACCGUGUUCAUUGCGGUGGAGAACGGAGACCUGGGUAUGUUAAAAUCUAUCGGAAUCAAGGACUCGGAGUUGGGAGACGUGAAAUUCUUUUUGGAAAAACUGGUCAAAACCGGAUUUCUCGACUGAACUACGAUCUGUUUAGAAGAAGAAUUCAGAGACGCUAUCGCGUUGGCUGUAUCGUAUUACAAUCGCACGUACUGUUCCGUUGUUCUUUCGAAUUUCUCUUUUCGUUUCUUUUUCCGUAUCGAGUCACUGGCUCGCGAAUCACGAACCGCAAACUGCGACCCGGUUUCUCUCGUCGAUGGAUCACCACGCGACACCCUCUCGUGAACCUUGGAUAGUCCUGCCUACCGUGUUUUCUCUACGAUCUUUUCCCCUUUCGUGUUGUUUCCUUUCGAUGUCUCGUUGCUCGUAUUUAUGAAAAUGAAACGACCCGAGUGAGCACCGAGAUACAUGUACGAUUCGAGGCUAUUUAUACGUAUAUGCUCGUUCGUUGCCGAGAAGCAAACGAGUACCGGACGUUCAAAAUUUCUCACUGAAAUGUCAAGGGUCAGCACGCUUCGCGUAUCUGUCUGCGCACCUUUAUCGACGCAACGCGACUCUAUGUUCUGUCUCGGUCGCGUCGCACUGUGUUUCAUCGCGUCUCGUCCCGUUUCGUCGCGACGCGUUGUUAUCGCGGUGAUGAGAAAGAUCCUAUUUGGAACAACUAGAAAUUCUUAUCCAUUAGGCCCGAUGAAACAUACUCUGUUGCGCUGUUCCCAGUUCAGUCUUGGUUCGGUCUCGGUCCGAUCAAAUGCGCUUACACGGUACAGCAUGGAGGACGAACGACACCCGUAGCGUGAAUACUAUGAUUCAAAAUCGUAAAAGAAUAUUUGAUCGGAACGAGACUGAACCGGAAGCAGCGCGAUAACGUGCGUUCAGACGGACGGUCGAGUAUGCUGACGGUCGAAAGUAUAGUGCUCGGAAUCUCGUUGAUCAGUGGCUUACCUGCGAUGGAAACACGGUUCUUGUUUCUAUUUGUCCAAGAGGGAAGAACCAAAGAACAUUGCCUCUGCAGGUUUUCAACUUGGAGAAAGAUCUUGUUCGAAGACGGUAAUAUAGUAUUUUUGAUCGGCAAUGCACAUAUUCGAUGCGAAUGUACGAUACCGGCACAAGAGCUUAGCACUUACCAGGUCAAUUAAAUCUAUUUUUUGUGCUGCCGAUUAUUUUCGGACGGUACGCAAUGGACGAUCAAUGUCAAUAACUUGGUUUGUUUCCGUGCUCUGAACGAUGUCAUAACGUGCAAGCAUCAUCGCGCGAGUGUCCGGUGGUGCCGGUGGUUCCUGGAACGUAUAACUAUUUUUUUCAAUUGAAACGUUCCACAACUGUAUCGCAUGGAAUAGAGAUCGAUCGAUUCGCCCUGGCUCCAACGAAUGCAGCGUGCAGUGUGCAUAGAAACGAAAAAUCGAUUGAGAAUGUAUGCAUUUCGUUUUCUUUUUCCAUUCGCGAUCGUCUGGGUUAGUCUUGAAACGUAGCGACGUGUGCGGUUCCAGAGGCUACCAAUAAUCGAACUAAAAUUUCUAUGAAUUUCUAUGAAACACUUUCGCGACGAACAAUCGUUCCUCUCUCACAGAGAUUGUGUGAAAAGUGGAAACAGAAUACGACGCGCGCGUUUCCGUUAUUUCGUACCUCCAACUUGAUUUGGUUCGGAUUCGAUUCGAUUCGAUUCGAUUCGAUUCGAUUCGACUCGUAUUUCUAUGGAUAUGGAUGACCAAUGUACCCGAGAGACGCUUUUCAAAACACUUUCUACUUUUCAAACCCAAUCUAUAUACAUAUACACGUUGGUAUAUGUAUACAUGUACAACUUCUUCGAUUUCCCAGCACCGAUUGUCGCUCGUCAAACAAUAAUUGUUUCUUCGAAUGGACUAAAUACUAGAAAAAGGGGAAAUAAUAUUUUUUUAAAAUUCGACGACAGCUUUUUGCUACGUUGCAGCAACCAGAAACAGCGUCAACAAUUGUUUAAUUAUCAGAAAAAAGAUUCGAAAACUGAUAUAGAAUCUUAAUCGCUGUUGAAGCUCUGCUUCUAGACUGUUCCUCGUGUUUAAUUGAAAUACUGAUGAAUGAGAAUGUAUGAUUCCUGCAUGAUUCGUUGCUUGCUUUUCAAUACAGAGUGCAGAGUUCGCAAAGUACGCGUACAAGGAUACAUACACAUACAUACAAUACAUAUGUACCGCAUAGUGUGCUAUUACAAGGGUUAUAGCUUGGAAGGUGAACGGUAACGAAGGUGUUAAUUAACGUGGGUCGACCCUUCCAAGUAUCGAUUCUUGCUAGCAACAGCUUGUAUCACGAAGUAAUCUGGGAAACGAACGAGGAAAUUUAAAAGCACAAGGAUACCGGGCAAAUCCACAAAACGUUUCGUCUACGUUCUGUCUGUUUGCUCGUAUUGUGCACGCUGUUCCUCGAUUCUUCGACGUGGACCGUUCUGCAUACCGAAACAAAUACGUAUACAAAUCUCUAUUUUACAGUUGAAAAGCAAAGCAGGUACAAAUUGAGCACCGUGCAUCGCGUUCCUUCAGGGUAUGACGUGCGCCAUACUUAAAGUAACAAAACGUAAGGAAGUGAGAAACGAAAAAUGAAAAGUGAAAAAUGAAAAAAGAAGCAAGUGUAUAACGCUAUACAAUUGUAUUGAUAUUUUCAUUACGGUAACGCAACACAUAUCAAUCUGAAUACAUAUCAGUAAUUUUAAUGAA